GUGCGCCUGCGCUGCGACCGGAUCUACGCGCAUGCGCUGGUCAGUACCCGCCCUCUUGAAGACCAUGGCGUGGAUCCCCACGGAGUCUGCAGUGGAAGAGUUGAUGCCCCGGCUGUUGCCGGUGGAGCCCUGCGACUUGACGGAAAGUUUUGACCCCUCGGUGCCUCCCAGGACGCCUCAGGAAUACCUGAGGCGGGUCCAGAUCGAAGCUGCCCAGUGUCCAGAUGUUGUGGUAGCCCAGAUUGACCCAAAGAAGUUGAAAAGGAAGCCAAGUGUGAAUAUUUCUCUUUCAGGAUGCCAGCCUGCCCCUGAAGGUUAUUCCCCAACACUUCAGUGGCAACAGCAACAAGUAGCACAGUUUUCAAGUGUUCGGCAGAGUGUGAACAAGCAUAGAAGUCACUGGAAAGCACAGCAGUUGGAUAGUAACGUAACUAUGCCAAAAUCUGAAGAUGAAGAAGGCUGGAAAAAAUUUUGUCUGGGUGAAAGGUUAUGUGCUGAAGGGGCUAUUGGACCAGCUGCAAAUGAAAAUCCUGGAAUCGAUUAUGUACAGAUUGGUUUUCCUCCCUUGCUUAGUAUUGUAAGCAGAAUGAAUCAGGCAACAGUAACUAGUGUGUUGGAAUAUCUGAGCAAUUGGUUUGGAGAACGAGACUUCACUCCAGAAUUGGGGCGGUGGCUUUAUGCUUUAUUGGCUUGCCUUGAAAAACCCUUGUUACCUGAGGCUCAUUCACUCAUUCGACAGCUGGCAAGAAGGUGCUCUGAAGUGAGGCUCUUAGUGGACAGCAAAGAUGAUGAAAGAGUUCCUGCCUUGAACUUAUUAAUCUGCUUGGUUAGCAGGUAUUUUGACCAACGUGAUUUAGCUGAUGAGCCAUCUUGAUAUUGCUGAACUCUCAGUAAUAGAACGUAAUUCUGCCAAGACAGCCUAAGUUUGAGGAAGUGUUGGAAAUUCAAGUACAGAUUGCAUUGCUUCUUCAACACUGUGAAGGAGCUUCAUCUUCACCACGUAGCUCAAGUGCAUGUCCAGGAUGUAGGUUGGCUGAAAUGUCUGGAAAAUUCCACCUGACUUCCGUCACUGAACUGUUCGUAUUGCUUUAUGCAGUCACAUGCAUUUGAAAGUAUCAUUUAUCCUCAAAGCAGCCGCAGAGGAACUUUACAAUGAAGUUUUAUAGAGGUCCUCGGUACUGCUUCAUUGUUGAAACUUUUUUUUAAAAUGUGUUUGGGUUAUUCAUAUUUUGACUUUUGAACAAAAUAAACCACAAUGAAUGUCCUGAAAAUUAUAAUUAAAAUAAUAUAGUCUAAAUACAAAUUUACUUGAAAACUAAACUGGUCUUCUUUAAUACUUUUAUUUUAAAGGCUCUUUUUUGUUUAAAGGCUUUUGCAAGCAAAUCAUUUUCAGUAAUACUGUUAGGUCAAGUGUUUAACUUUUCUGUCAAAUCUGAUUUAUAAUUUAUUUCUGCUUUUUCCUUUACUAACAAAAGGCACAGGCAAUAAUGAUUACUCAAAGCAGGAGCGUACUUUUUUCAUAGAAGAGCAAGUCUAAAGAACCGGCCAUUAACUCUAGCUUAAGAUCUUGAUGAUAUCCACGUCUCUGCAGUUCCUUUAGCUCUUCCCUCAUGGUAGCAAGAUUGCUGCUUCAGUCUGGGCAUCACAGUACAUAUUAGCCCAAGCUAGCCUUGAACUCUUAUCCUCCUGCCUCAGGCUCCUGAGAGCUAUGUGUGUACUACCAUAACCAGCCACAUUGCCAACCUUAACAGAAGUAGGCUGUGUUAAAAAGGGCCUAAGAUCUUGGGUUGGCAGCUAACAGUCAGUGUCUACCAUAAGGAGUUUAAAUUAGCAGCCUGUACCACAACUUGCAUUAAUAGUCUCAUAUUCUUUUGACUGGUUUGAUGCUGGGGAAGGAAGUAUUGUGGUCUGAUAUAAUAAAGGCAAAUCAUCAAUUGUUUUUAAAUUUCUUCUGUAAGUAGUGGCCAAACAUAAAUUUAUGCAUGCUAUUCACACAGAA